AUGGCGGUGAUCCCAUCAUCUACCGAUGCCAGCAAAUUGAAUGGGGACACUGUGCCACAGGACUCAUACAUCAGACCUGCAGAACCUCAUGUUGCAAAUGCUCCGAUUAAAUCACCUACUUCAGAAAAGGUCGUAACAGCGUACUCGACCUGGAGCGGCGAUGUCGCUGGACCCGCUCCUACAAGUACAACAAACUCAAUUUUAGAUGAUGCCGUAGCGCACCUGAAACGCAUGGACGACAACGGACGCCUGGCUCCUUUCAUCGCGAAGUUCCACUGCAAAGUGUUCGACGCCGAAGGAAUGGCUCAGCCGAUUGAUCCCUUCCGUUCUCUAGCUUCCGGCAUCAUUGCACAGCAAGUUUCCGGCGCAGCGGCAAGCAGUAUCAAGAAGAAGUUUGUUGGUCUGUUCGAAGCUUCCGAGGAGCACAACUACGCUGGACCUCCAGAGUUUCCUCCACCAGCGAUGGUGGCUGCGAUGACCGUUCCGUUCCUCAGGACGGCUGGCUUGAGUCAGAGAAAGGCCGAGUACAUACAGGGCUUGGCCGAGCAGUUUGCUGAUGGCAGAUUGAGCGCUGAAAUGCUGGCCACGGCCUCGGACGAGGAAGUCAUGGAGAAGCUGAUAGCGGUAAGAGGAUUGGGCAAAUGGAGUGUUGAGAUGUUCGCCUGCUUUGAUCUGAAGAGGAUGAAUGUAUUCUCUACAGGAGAUCUUGGUGUGCAACGCGGGCUGGCAGUAUACACGGGAAAAGAUGUCAGCAAGCUCAAAGCCAAGGGCGGAGGUAAGUGGAAAUACAUGGGUUCCGAGAAGGCCAUGCUAGAUGCUGCCGAAAAGUUCGCACCAUACAGGAGUCUGUUCAUGUGGUACAUGUGGCGACUUAGUGAUGUCGACCUCUCGGCUCUUCAAGACGACGAAGUCAUAUCCGAGGCAUAA